CUGAACGAAAUCUUCAGCACAUACGGCGCCAUCGCAGAUCUCGACAUGCCGCUAAACAAAUCCUUCAACACAAAUCGCGGAACCGCAUAUGUUCUAUACACAACACCCGAGGCCGCCGAGCGUGCGAUAGCACACAUGCACGAAGGCCAAUUGGAUGGCGCAAAGAUUGGCGUCAGUAUCGUGUUACCG